AGAUCACGCAAACUGUGAUUACCGUGAGAACCUCGGCAGGAGUGUCCAUAAACAUUACUCAAGAUGGCGGUAGAGGUCACUCGUUGAAUGCAGAUUGUCUUUAUCGAAAACAAUAGGGCUAGCCAGUAAAAUUUGAGUUGAGUAUGGGAAAAAAUAAAGGGAAAGCUAAAGUGGCUCCGCCUCGACAUAAACUUAGUAAGAGUUCAAGGUUUGAAGCUGCUUGGAAUGGCACAGAAGACUUUGAUGGAGACGAGAUGAAUACACGCGGUAAAUGUUUAGCGUACCCUUUACCCCCUAACAUCAGAAUGCAUAUUCUCCAUGUUGUUCUUUAUUCAUUUCCUAAGGUACUGGAAAAGGAAUUUGUUGAACAGUCAAGAGCUCCUUUAGUCGGUGAUCAUUUCCCUUAUUCUCGUGACCUUACUGUGUACCUCAGGGGUGACAUCAUAGGAGAAAUUAGAUGCUUGUCGCUACUACGGUUAAAGAGACGAUGGUUCUCAUAGAUGCUUCUAUUGUUGAUUAUGUGGCAUAAACUACAGGAUACAGAUUCAGCCAGAUACAUCUUGUCUGCUUGCUCUGAAGAGCAGGGAACAAGUCUUUGAAAUGAUUUUCAACAUGAUUCAAUGGGAUUUGAUAUUAAAGAGGUAUUCAUGGGUAUCGGUGAUAAUCAUUUGCAUUCCCAAUCAAAACAAUUCAAUCACUUUUCAUAGAAACUACAUGCUGGUCACCAGCAUGAUGUUUCUAUGGUAACUUGCUAUGUUACCACUGUGACAGUGACAUUAUAGACCUUGGUCAGCACCUUAAUUGUAGUAUUAUCUGCCUUAAAAUCAGCUCUCUCUCUUGUAAGAUCAAAAUUUCAAUUCUCCAUACUGUUUCCCAUACAUUUCUGACAGUGUUAGCUCGGAGAAGUUAUUGUUGAAUCAAACAGAAUGACCUGAUUGAUAUUUUUCUUUCUUCCAUGUUUUUUUCUUGAAAAUGUAUUGAGAUAACAGAGAGAUAUUUCUUAUUGGUCACUCUUGAGAGUGGAAGGGUCAAACACAAGCUUAGUGACCUUCCUUAGGGUGACAUUGACCAAACUUGCCUUUAACACUUGAUCAAAAUUCAUCAUUUUGCAGAGUUUUUUAAACUGAUAAAUUCUUUUGUUAGCUCAGAGCUUAUUUGUCCCAAAAUUUUCAAUAAACAAUAAGGACCAACUCUGAGACUUAUGCAUCUGUUAUUUUCUGGUGAUUGUCCAUCAAAGCCACAAGAUUUGUGCAUAAAUUGUAUGGUAUAGGUUUUUUUUAAUUGAUUUUUCUUUCAGAUGAUGGGAAUAAAAAGGAUUAUGGCAGAGGAUUUCCUUUUCCUUUGGCCAUGUGGGUAAGAAAGUAGAUUUAGGUAAUUGAAUAAAUUAUUUGAACUUUUGAGUGGCAGUCAGUUAAAUGUAGUUUGAUGGUCUGGGUGAGGGUAACACUUAAAAAGACUGUCAUGAGUGACUGGCUAAGCCAAUGAGAAACCAGAGCUGAUUUUAAUGUUUCAUGAUUUUAGACACUGCCAGAGAACAGAUUGGGUUGAAAUGCAUCUCAAACAUUGUUGAUAAGUCAAGUCUUAUGAAUUUUUAGUGGAUAGCCAACCCACAUUUCACCAGUUCUGUAUAUUGAAGAUAACUAAGUCAUCAUAUUUUAGGAUUUGGAGCACUGUGAUCCAAAGAAGUGUUCAGGAAGAAAGCUUUCAAGACUUGGCUUUGUGAAAACACUUAAAAUUUCCCAAAGGUUCAAUGGUCUGAUUUUAAGUCCCUUGGGAAAGCAGUGUGUUUCACCCCAGGACCACACCCUCGUUAUGGAUCAUGGAAUAGCUGUUAUUGACUGCUCGUGGGCCAAAUUGGAGAGCACACCAUUUGGAAGGAUGAGAGGAGGUCACAUGCGCCUGUUACCAUAUUUAAUUGCUGCAAACCCUAUCAACUAUGGAAAGCCCUGUAAAUUGUCUUGUGUAGAAGCAUUUGCUGCCACGUUGUACAUCAUUGGUAAGUAAUAAAUCCUUUUUAUAAACAGUGCUAUUCACAGUUCUUAAGUGAGAGUGUUUAGGUAUUUAGGAUGGUGAAAGGAGAUAAAAUUGUAACCAUUGAACUGCAUGUGGUGAACUUAAUACACAGCUGGGAUGCAUUAAUGACUAAAAACCCCAUUUGACAUGGCAGAAAAAGAGAGCAGUAGGCAAGGAUGAAUGACAUUAACCCUUUAACUCACAGAUCAAAUUUGUCACCCUCCUUACUGUCAACCAUACAAUUUUGAUUAUGUUAGAUCAGAGAAUUUAGUAUUGGAUCAACUUAUUAUCCCCAAAUUGAUAUUUUUCUUGAUUAUCAUCACUUAUCUGGUUGAUAUGGUAUUGAUAUUGUAAGGAGAAAUGCUGUCUUGGUCACUCAUGGGAGUUAAAGGGUUAAGGAAGCACUGUCCAUUCUAAGAUGUAUAUUUAUAGAAGGUGACAACAGCCUGUUAAAAACUGAAAAGCCUUGCUGUCCUCAAGGUAACAAUUGCAAGGGUUAAAUGUCUAAAAGGUCAUCCUAGGGACCUCUAUGCCUAAAAAUGAAAAAAAUUGUUUCAAUCAAAUCAAAGUAAGUCUUAUUAAAACUAUCGCACUUUUGUGCUCCUUGCUUCACUAACCCUUUAACUCCCAUGAGUGAUCAAGACAGAAUUUCUCCUUACAAUAUCAAUACAAUAUCGACCAGAUAAGUGAUGAGAAUAAAGAAAAAUAUCAAUUUGGGGAUAAUAAGUUGAUCCAACACUUAAUUCCCUGAACCAACAUUAGAAGAAAUGUAUUGGUGAACAGUAAAGAGAAUUACAAAUUUGAUCUGGGGGUUAAAGGGUUAACUUUCCAGUUAACUCUUUAAACCCCCAAGAGUGACUGGCAUCUAAUUUCUUUUUUCAAGAUCACCCCUGAAUCACACAUUGAGGUCACAGCAAUAAUGAAAAUGAAAUAGAGAGUCUCUUGACUGUUAAGCACAUUCUCCUUGUCAACACCUUAGGAGAGAUACAGAGAACAGUAUGGAGAAUAUGCAUACUGAUAUGAGGGUUCAAAGGGUUGAAAUGUCAUGGUAUUACAGUUGGCAAGGUAAGGUUAGCUCCUACCAUCCACAUGAUGCGACACAAAAUUCAUCCUUGCACACAAGUUUUGUCUUCAGUGUGCCCUAACUAGCUUCUAAUAUGUGCCACAGGAGUUUGAAGUUUUUUCCAAUAUAUAAUCAUCUCUCUGAAAAGCUGAGCUUUAUCAAGUUGAAUUCUGAAGUACAUAGUACCCUCUGGACAUUGUCUUUCUAGCUCUAAUUGUGCAAGGAUCAUGCAACUUGAUGAUAAAGCAGAACCUCCCUUACUGAACCCUUGAACUCCUGAGAUUUGAUUGUUAAUUCUUCCCUCUUGCUGCUACACAUUUCCUUGUCUAGGUAGCAACUUCUAAGUGAUAGGUUUGAGUAUUCUCCUUACCUGUUUGCUGGAUAAUAUAAGGAUAUUAUAGGGAGAAGUGUUAUUAUGGGAGUUAAAGGGUUCAUAGACCUACCAUAGUUAUUCGGUUAUAAGGUGCACUCGACUAUAAGACGCACCCCCAAUUCAGCAACUUCAUUAUUGCAUGUUUUCAAACUGAAAACAUCGCUGAAAUACUUGGUUAUAAGGCGCACCGUUGUUUGGGGAGUAAAGAUCGGUCAAGUUUAUUGUAAAUUCUUUCAUAAACUUACAAAAAAGCGAAAAAGUCGCAUAUUGAUUUUAGUUUACCUUUACUUAACAAAAGCAGAAUUGUCGCACACGUGACCACGCACACAAACAAAAGCCUUGAUUAAACGAAAGCAAAAUGUCACAGACAUAAACAAAAGCCAAAAUCACAGUGAUAAACAAAAGGCAAAAAAAGUCACACAUUUAAUGACAACCUAUUGGUACAUAUUAAUUUUUAGCCUUCCCUCUCAGGAAACAUGGUUUUAAAGUAUAAAAACAAUUAAAUCAACAAAAUCAGUAGUCGCAAAUUUACUUCACCUGGUGAACAUUAUCUUGCGAAGUCUACAUUCAGCACAAUCAUGCCAAACACUUGCCGUCAUUCUUACGAUCUCAACUUCAAGUUGAAAAUUGUAGCUGUCCUGGAUGCAGACAAUGAGCUAGACAACGAAUUCGACACUGACAGUGAAAGCGAAGAUGAGUAGACUCCAGGCAGUACACAACUCAAACGGUUCUUUUCAGAACCACCAUAUUUAUAAAACUCAAUGACCAACACUGUGUGUCCUUUUAUUUGCUUGAAAUUGUACCAGUAACUGUGAUAAAAAAAAUUGUUCGGGAAAUUAUUCGCCUAUAAGACGCACCCAAACUUUGGUGGUAAUUUUUAAUAGAAAUUAGGAAUUUCUUGAAAAAAAUGGUGCGCCUUAUAACCAAAUAACUACAGUAAGUAAAUGAUCUAAGGUACUAAUGACGAGAAUUAAUUAUCCAAUCAAGAAUUUGGUUUUCAUUUUCUUUCUUCUUGAAACCUUUAUGAGAGGCAGGCAAAGGGUUUAUACAUGAGGCAUCAUAAAGGCUAAAAUUGAUAUUAUCAUGUAAAUAUUACAGAAAGCAAAGGUUCAUUAGUGAAUUUUUUGAACCAGAGUGAGGCAUGAUUUGCCACAGGAAAUAUAUGGGACCUGUGAAUUUCUUUUAUCAUUUUGUGAAAGCUGUAAUAUUUCUUUGAAAUCAUGCACACAAGGAGAGAAGUUUGAAGUUUUCUCUUUGAUGUACAUGAUGCAUGAAUUUGUCUAAUAUUUGUACAUGAAAUGUGAUCAAGAACCCCCUUGUGUGAUCCAGUGGUUGCAUUGUAAUGAGAAAUAAGUCACUGUUAGGGUUCAAAGGUAAAAUAUAGCUCUUUCCUCAAUGAUGCACUCAGAUAAGUAGUCUGCUAUCAACUUACUGGAAUUUCCAAGACUGUUUCUCAUUAUUCUAGCUAGUGUGAUUUUACUGAUUCUAUUGCAAGUCAAAUUGAGGACUUGAGUGUUAUUUUGAAGAAGGGAAAGGGUAAAUUUAAACACAUUCCUUUGUUUUUAUUAUUACUAAAGGGCAACGAGAUCUUGGUUCUACACUGUUGAAGCGUUUUAAGUGGGGGACGUCAUUCUAUGCAUUGAAUAGGUAAAGUACAUGCAGUCAUUUGACAAUAUUUUUUAUUGGUGUAGCAAUUUUGGUGUUGAUAAAGGCCUAUAGAGCCGAGAUGCUCAGGAUAUCUUCAGAACUAAAUAUUAAAAAUUUUGAAAGUUUAGAUUUUUAUUUCUCAGGAAAACUGGAAAGUGAUAAAUAGUAACAGGCUUUGGGAAGCCCUAGGAAAACUGUGACAAGAUUCCCCUUUUGCAAAUUUAUUUCCAGUGUUUACACUCUUGACUGAAAACAUGUAUGUCAUUCUUUUUUUACUGAAACCACCAGAAUUGAAUAAAUAGAGGAUAUUACAUGGCUGCGCAUGGAUACAAAUUUUAUCUUCAAGUGCUGAGAGUAUCUCUCACUCUUUCGCUUUACUCACUUGUGAGAGACUUUCAGCACGAGAAGACAAAAUUCGUAUCUCCAAGUGGCCAUGUAAUGAUCUGUUUAUUUUGUAGAUACUGAUGAAAUUCCUACAUAAAAGACAAUGAAAUUUCAAAAUUUCUUGUAAUUGGCCAAUCAUGUUAGUAACCAUGGCAACACCAAUAUCCUCACACAUGACAGAUAAAAAUAGUAUCUUCACUGCACACAAUGGAAAAAAAGUAAAAAGGAAAAAUCCUGGUAUUUCAUCAGUAUCUAUGUAAUAAUUAAUAGUAUAAUGCACAGGUGAAUAGUGCUUUUUGUGCACUCUGAUUGGCCGAUCCAAAAGUGAUCACCAAGAAUUAUUCACCUUCAAGCAGCUGAAGAGACAAGCAGUUGAAGAGAGAAAAUCAUAUGUCAAGAGUUACAUAUCUGACCAUUUUUUGGUAUAUUGACAAAAAUAGGUUACAUGUAAUUCUUUGGUUUCUGUGUGGUAUAUUUAUAUGAAACAAAAAUUUAACUCAAUGUGGUUGGAAGUGGUGGAUAUUUACCUCCUCACUCUGCAGAUUGGUCAAUAUCCAGUGGUUGCUAUUCAUCCCCACUUUGGUGAAUAAUUGUUGAAUAUACCAGAUUGACUUCCACGAAGAAGCUCAAUUGUGUUUAUAGAUUCAACAACACUUCAUAAGGUUUCUUGUGUGCUUUUUCUUUCUCUACAUCUGAAAGCUAAUGAUGUUCUCAUUUAUCAAACUGUUCUCUGUUUCCUGAUGAAGGGCUUAUGCUCGAAACUGAUGCAGCACCACAGUUUCUUUAGAAACUUACCCCUUUUGAUAAACAUGGCUGUAAGUGAUAAGGUUUGGAUUCAUCAAGCUUGCUCUUGAAAUUUGAUAAGAUGUAAAUAAUGAUAAUCUAUCGUUGUGUACUUGUUAGGACUCUGCUAGACCGCUAUGCUACUUGUUCAUCCAGCAAAGAUGUUGUGAAAGCUCAGGAUAAAUGGCUGGAAGAAAUGGAAGAAGAACAAAAUGCACAGUCAUCACAAGGUUUUUUACCUGUUUAAAACUUACCUUUGCGUAUAUUUUGUUUGUUUUAGGGUUGUUCUGUUAAUAUUUACUUUCCAUGAUUAGUGAGAUGGACUAAGAACUCUGCUGGAUUGAUUCUUUAACUCCCAUGAGUGACCAAGAAAGAAUUUCUCCUUACUAUAUCUAUACAAUGUCAACCAGAUAAGUGAUGAGAAUAAAGAAAAAUAUCAAUUUGGGGAUAAUUAGUUGAUCCAAAACUAAAUUCUCUGAACUAACAUGAUAUGAAUUGUAUGGUUGACAGUUAGGAGAAUUACAAAUUUGAUCUGGGAGUUAAAGGGUCAAUAAAACUGUCAUUGCCUUGUUCCUCCUGUAUUCUGUCAUUCAUUCCUUUCUUUGCUGUUUCUGAGAACUAGGUGAGCUCAAGUUUCCCCAUCUCCACACCUUCAGGGGAGGAGUGGGUACUCAUUUCUAAAACAGUGGUGAAUGUUUCAACCAUAGAAUUUGGUGGAGUAUCAAGAUAUGUUCCCUUUGUUAAUGAAAACACCUUAACAUCAGGAUCUAUGUUCUCUAUACUCCUUCUAUACAUUUCCUUUGGUAGUGAUGAGGAGAACUUGUUUAACAAUGACAGAUUGGAAAUCAUUUCUUAAUGAUCUAAUGAUCUUAAUGAACGAUUCCGUAGUGUUACUGUUAGGAGGCAUUAAACACAAAUACAAGAUGGUUACCAAAUUUAAGAAAGGGGUAAAACAGAAAUAUUGAAGUAAAAAAAAUGCCAUCAGCAAUUAAGGUGGCCUAAACCAAGGGAAUGUUAUUUUUUAAUGCUGUAAUAAAGGUCUAAUUCAUUGCCGCAGAAAUAAUCUAUCAUCAAAUGUAUUUCUCAUUUCAUUUCCAGAUUUGAUGGACAUUGAUAUGACCAAGGAACAUUUUAACCCAAAUCGGCCCAUUUUGAGGUUUGUUGGCUUAAGUUUCAAGAUGCGUAAAUGUGUCUCGUAUCAUUUAGCUUUGCAAGCAGAAGCGGCAUUUCCUUGAGAUAAAUUCAAUGAAUCGUUUCUUCACAGUGAAAAUGAGUCAAGUAACAGUAACAGCGACGAUGGUGAUGAUGUUGACGUUGACGAUGACGAUGUGGAUACGGAUGAUGGAACGGAUGAUGAUACCGAGAAUGGACACGAAAGUGAUGAAGAUGAAAAGGCUGAACUGAAUUUUGGUAUUUUUAGAAAAGAAAACGGACAAGAAGAAACAGAAGAUCGACAAUUACUAGAAAGAGACCGAACGGAAGGUGCGUCGUGCGGUAUUAGUUCUGCUGAAGAUAAACAUUUCGGGGAUUGUUUUGGCGAGGGAAACUUGCCUGGAAAUGAUCACAGUGUUGACUCCCCGUUGGCGAUGAUACGCUGGAAAUAACCAGAAGGACCGAACUUUUUCAUUUCAAUGAUAGAUAGUACCGGUUUUAAAUUUGCGAAGCUGGCAAUUCACGGACCAAUGGUGUCUUUAAUCCUGAAACUAAUAACAUGUCUAAAAUAGAAGAGAUCAGUAGAGAUGCAACAUGACACAUGAAUUAUUAAUGUAUGCACCAAAAAGUAGCGUACUGCAAAAGUAUUCCGCGAACUUGCUUUCAUUUCUUUGUUUGGGUAAAAUCUAUUAUUAUCAUCUCAAGUUGGGCUUGAUCGUCACUUUUGGCUGUUAUUUUUCAGUUCUUAGCAGUUUUUAAGUCGAUAUUGCCGUUCGAAGGGAAACUUAGCUUGUCGUUCUUAUUUUCUGGUUAAAUUCUUAGACACCCUUAUGUCGGUGGUUUUCCGGUUUGGAUGAAAAUUUUGGCUGGUUUUCUGCGGGCUUCUGUUACGCAUCGAUGUUCCCUCCCACGUACUAACGGGAAAAAAUGCCAUCCUUUAUUUCGCUUCCUCUGUCACGAUUCCACCGUAACUUUUAAUCCUUGAGAGUAUCAUGAAAUUCUGCGGGCUUCUGUUACGCAUCGAUGUUCCCUCCCACGUACUAACGGGAAAAAAUGCCAUCCUUUAUUUCGCUUCCUCUGUCACGAUUCCACCGUAACUUUUAAUCCUUGAGAGUAUCAUGAAAUUCAGUAAGACGUGAUCGCAGCUUACUGCUUACGAAAGUUUUUAAGUAACCUACGUCAGUAGUAAGCUUUGAAGUAAAGGAACUACCUCAUAAGUUGUGCAGCUUUAAAACUGAACAAGGACUGGAACCCUUGACUCGGAUAAAUUUUUCAAAUACCUUAUUUGCACUUAUUAAAACCCUGCGAGCGUGAACACUCUCGUACAACGAUAUUCAGCAC